GCUCCGGCGGAGCGGAGGCUUCAGUUGUCGUCGCCCGCGCGGAGAGCGGGCCCCGGGCGGGCGCAGGGCGGGCCUCCGGAGCCUUGUCGUCCGAGUGGCAGGCAGAGCCGGUGCGCGGGGCCGGGCUCGGCGGCAGGCGCCAGGGUUCCGCGGGUCACGGGGCCGUCUUAGCGCCGUCCCCGGGCCUGGCGGCGACGUUUGCACGGGGCUCUCGCUAGGUGUGGAUUUGCAUGUGAAUGGCGGCGCCAAGCGCGGCUCGACACCCCCUUUUAAACUUUGUUUCCGCGGCGGGCGGAGCGGAGUGAGGGGAAGCUGCCUCCCGGCCCGCGUCCCCCGGGCCCGACAGAAGAAAUGUGAAGCGCUGCGGGGAGCUAUCCUCAGUUUCCCCGGCUGCCCGGCGAAGGGUCGGUGGUUUUUUUUCGGGCUUUUCCUUCCCCUUUCCUCGCCCGGCUCGCGAUCCGUUUCCUCGCGCCUACCUGGGCCGGGUAUGAUGAUCACUCACACCCGGGGCUUCCUGUGGUCCGAUCUGGAGACGCGAGCCCUGCUGGGCAUCUGGGGCGAGGCGGACGUGCAGUCGGCGCUGGACGGGAACUUUCGGAACAGCCAUGUGUACCGGGACGUGGCGUGCAGGCUGGCCGAGGUGGGCUUCGAUCGGACCCCGGAGCAGUGCCGGAUCCGCAUCAAGGGCUUGAAGCGCCAGUACUACCAGGCGAGGAACGGGCUCCCCAAGGGAGGGCCUGUGCGCAAGGCCUGCAAGUUCUUCGACGAGAUGGACCGGAUUCUGGGCUCCCGGGUCCCUUCGGGCGGCCUCGCGCUCCUCCGUGGAGCCCCAGCUUCGGGGGAUGCUGCCGUCCGGGACCCCGCGGCGGAGAUGGACUUGACGGGCGAGGGCUCUUCCUUCGCGGAACAUCGUGUCAAGGUGGAGUGUGCCCCCUUCGCCAUCCCCGUGCCUCCCGGCGACGGCUAUAAGCGUAUCGGUGCUCAGGCCAGCACACCUCCUCUUUCUCAACCAAAAAGAUCAAAAAAGCACCCUACCAGUAUACCUCUGGACAAGAUGAUGGGAAAACUUUUACAGCAAAGUGUGGAUGCAGAACAGAAAUUUUUCAGAUGUGAAGAGCUGAGGCUUAAAAUGGAGGACAAGCACCGGGAAGCGGAGCGCACCAGAGAGCUCCAGAUGUUGCAGAUGUUGGGACGAGUGUUAGCUGGGAUUUCCUCAGCCGUCUCGCACAGGGCACAGUCCAGACCGCCAAGCCCACCGCAGCGAGCCUACCACCAGACCUACGGAUGUGACAUUAGUUAUAAUGCUAUGGCGGCAGCUCUUGCUCCUCCCCUAGAAGCUUUAGUAAAGUGCCUACUUCUAUCACUAAUGGAAGGUCCACAAUUCCACCUUGAAUUCGAUUUUUUAGAAAGAGCAUUUUCACUACAUAAAGCACAUUCUAUAAAGGAUAUGGAAAAUACUUUUCAGUUGGUGAGAAAUAUUAUACCUCCUCUAAAUACCAAAAAGCACAAAGGACAAGAUGGAAGAAUAGGCAUAGUUGGAGGCUGUCAAGAGUACACUGGAGCCCCAUAUUUUGCAGCAAUCUCGGCUCUCAAAGUGGGAGCAGAUUUAUCUCACGUGUUCUGUACCAAGGAGGCCGCACCUGUGAUUAAGUCAUACAGCCCGGAGCUGAUUGUUCACCCAGUACUUGACAGCCCAAAUGCUGUUCAUGACGUGGAAAACUGGUUACCCCGAUUGCAUACCCUUGUCAUAGGACCUGGCUUAGGUAGAGAUGAUGCUCUUCUAGAAAAUGUCAAGGGCAUUUUAGAAAAAUCAAAGGACAAGGGCAUCCCCGUCGUCAUUGAUGCGGACGGGUUGUGGCUGAUUGCUCAGCAGCCUUCCCUCAUUCAAGGUUACCAGAAGGCCAUUCUUACUCCCAACUACAUGGAGUUCAGCAGACUCUAUGAAGCUGUGCUUAGAGAUCCUGUGGACAGCAGUGAUAAUCUUGGAUCUGUCAUGAGACUCAGCCAAGCCCUAGGGAAUCUAACAGUCGUUCAGAAAGGAGAGAGAGAUGUGAUUUCAGAUGGCGAAAAGGUGCUCGUGUGUAGUCAGGAAGGAAGCAGCCGCAGGUGUGGUGGGCAAGGAGAUCUCCUGUCGGGCUCCCUUGGCGUCCUGGUGCACUGGGCACUUCUUGCUGGAUCUGCAAAAACAAACGGUUUAAAUCCUUUUCUCGUGGCAGGGUUUGGUGCCUGCUCUCUCACAAGGCAGUGCAACAGCCAAGCCUUUAAGAAGUACGGACGCGCCAUGACCACCACCGACAUGAUCGCAGAAGUUGGAAUCGCGUUCAAAAAACUUUUUGAAACCUGAGCCAAGUGCAAACAGGAAGGAAACGGGCACCACUGGAGAGGGAAAUUGCAUUUAUAAUGGGUAAAAAUAGAUAAAUUGUGAUGAAUCAUUUGAAUACUCUGGCAGCACAGGUUGCUUGGUAGACUUUUUAACCAGUAGAAUAAACUGGUUAAUGUAGAGGCUUUUAAAGGAUUUGGAAUACAAUUUUGGGCUAAAAUAACAUGUAGUUGGAGACGUUACCAGGAAAUAAAGUAUUCCUGAACUUUUCUUAGUUUGUCAUCAAUAACUGAGAAAAAAAUGAAGAGAAAUUUAUAAGAGAAUGAAUUUGUUCCAAGAUAAGCAGUUAUUUUCAGUCUCUCUUGUACUUUUUUCUUUUCAUUCUCUCCACCAAUGUUCAAUUUUUCUUUUAUUUAUGAAAGUAGCACUCUUAACUGGAUAUUCCUCUCAAAGGGAUCAGUUGUUUUCAAAUAUCUAUUUGAAUAAUGAUUUUUUGUGUGCGUGUGUUUUCAAAGUGAAGUCUCCCAAGGGCGUUGGUAUUCAUUCUUCAGCUCACUGUUUUUUAAGAGGUGAUUAGGUUGAAAAUGUCUGGGCAGAAAUACUAAGCAUUGGUUGUUUUAGUUAACUUAUUAUUAAAGUACCUCAGAAUAAAGUGGUAAAUUUGACCUUGAAAAUUAUUUUAAAGGCAAUAUGGGAACAUCAGAUAAGGAAACUUAGUCUGACACUGAGACUUAACAUGGGUGGGUGGGGACAGGCUGUGUGGAAUGCCUCUCAGGUCUUACACUCUUCAUUUUCCAUUUCUGCCUGCACAUAAGUACACGAGAUGGCCAACAAGUAUCAGCAAAGUAAACAUGACUUGGAAGAAUAUUGGGGGAAUCACUGUAGUCCCAGUGUUUCUCAUGUGGCCAGAUCAGCAUAUUAUCUUGGAAAAAAGGCAGAGUAAGUUAAAUUUGGCCAUGCUUUUCCUGCUCGUUUGGAAGACUUGAAGCCUAUUCUGUGUGGCACAGUGAUAGUACUAAGGAUGUGCAGGAGGAAAUACUUAAUGGCAUUAUUAUGUCUACUUACGAAACAGGACAGCAGCAUCCAUCUGGUGUGAAAGGGGGUCUGUCCUCAGGAAUAUUUAUAAUCCAUAGAAGAAAUUGAUUUCUGGCAUUUUAGUAAAUGGGGAGGUGUUACUAUACUGUUAACCUCAGCUCAGUUGUUUUGUAUGGAUGGUUUUCUUAGAAUGGCAUCUGCUUUUUAAAUGGUCUGAUGUUAUUUUCUAGUGCCAGUCUUCAAUGGGAUGUGGUACCCAACACGUGCACUUGAGAAUACUUUUAAUGCCUUUCUACAACAAAUACAAAACUUGUAUAGUUCUUUUGAAAGUCUUUUUGCCCUUGAUGAUUAAUGUUUUGGAUGAUUCAAACUACCUCACCCCACACUGAUUUGUACUUUCUUUAAAACUAGUAAUUAACUUUUUAAGACUAAAAAAAUGCUACUCUUAAUUCAUAUUUAACUUUAGAAGCUUUACUAUCUAUAUGUGAACUUCUCUGGAAAAAUUGGCAAUGGACAUUUCUUCCUUUGGGAAAUUACAUCUGAACCCUGGUAACUAUUAAAAGAAAAAGAGCUGCUUUAUUUAAAUGUA